GCCCCUCAUGGAGUGCGUGGAGUCGGUCGGUGGCGCGGGGUUGGGGUCGCGAUCGUCAGACACGUGUUGAAUGUGGCUGGACUGGCUAGGACUUUUUAUAUUUCAGCAGGAAGAUGAUAUACAGCUGAUGUGAAGAGCUGCCUUUCGCAAAGGUAAGCCACCGGAAAAACCAAAAAGCGCCACUGCCCUAGUGUUAAAAAGAAAUAAGUAAAUAGAAACCUCCGAAUACACGCUUCGAAUCCGUGGAGGUAUGUCAUGUUGUGAGGACCCCGCUUGCUCGCACGCGGUGGUUGCCGCGGCAACCAAAGAAGCAACACACUUAACGGACAAGGAGAGGGAAAUCAUCCUUGACGUCCUGAGCCGCGACGAGAGGCUGAGGCGGGAUCAGCAAGUCCGUGUGAUGCAUCUGAAGGCGGAGCUGCAGAACCUGAGGCGCAAGGGAGCGCUGAAGCCGUCGGCGGACUGGGACAGCGCAGGGCCGGACCCGGAUCGCUCCUGCGGGCGAUGCAGGGUCGAAUUGGGGAGGGUGAUCAAUAGGGGCGCCUACUGUAGGGCCUGCAGGCUGAAGGUGUGCAAGGGGUGCAGGGAAUACUCGUUUAGGACCACGGACUGGGUGUGUACAGUCUGCCACAAGCACAUGGAGAUCCAAGCGACAUCUGGCGAGUGGAUGAACGAGUUCGUGAGGCGACCCAGCAGGCGGCGCGACAAUCGGGUGUACGUGCCAGCCGCCGACAUCAUCAAAAGAACCAUCCGCAGAUCCUGGACCAUCUCGAACCCUACCCCGAGAUGGAGCGCCCUUAGGGGUUCCCCCGAGCUGCGCCCUUACAACAGCCUCCCCAGGGGUCAGGACAUCACCAACUACCCCUCGCUAGCUCUCCACCAAACCAACUUGAAGAACCAGAACCAAGACCCUUCGGUAUCUCCGAUUCGACACCGUCGGUCCCCCACUCGCAGGACGCAGUCCGAGGAUGUUUACAUAGAACGAACUUCUUCCCCUGCCAAACCGGAAAAUGGCGGGAAGGACCCGGAGGGUGAACCUCCUAAGAGACAGACGCGGGUCAACCCGCUGAUGAAGCUGGCCGAGACGAGGCAGAGUAAGGACAGGACUGGUUCACCCAAGAGGAAGAAGACCGAGGUGAAGCAAGAAAGCGGGGAGCAGGAGAAAGAUUUACUCACGCCAGACUCCGGGAAGAAGCAGGAUAGAUCCAGCAGCAUAGAGAAGCGCGUCAGCUUCGAGAGCAACGUGGCCAGUAGGAUAACGACGGAGAAGCCCGUGUUGAGGACUCAAUCCUUGAACGAUGGGAAGGUGAAGGAGAAGAGGACCGGUCCCGUUGGGGCUCGAUCUUUGCCCGAGGAUCACACGGAGAACUUUGAGGAGGCCGGCACGACCACAGCUGAGAUCCACUUCGCCAGGGAGGAAACGACGCCGGUGGAGCUGUGCGAUAUCGAACCGCUCAGCGGCACCGUCUUCCGGAAAGUGACGGUCAGGCGGAGGCGGCAGGAGAACAUGAGGAAGGUGCCGGCCGUCGACACCGGUUGGCGGAGAGGUCCUGACGCGGACCUUCUGGAUAUCCUUUUGCCCGAGGGCGACGACUACAAGCUGGUGUUCAUCAGCUCCGACAGCUCCUCCAAGGAGGAGGACGUGGACGACAAUGACUCGUCGUCGACGGCGUCCAGCUUCCCCAUCGACGAGUGCGAUUGGGAUUAUUUCGAGCCAGGGUCGGGGGCGAGGCCCGUCAUCAACUGGACGUCGCCGUUCGGCUCGCCGAGGGUAUACCGGCGCGGCGUGGUCGACUCCCCCAUAGGCUCCCCCAUCGUGUACCGCCGCACCCGCGAGUCCGACACCGGCACCGACGAGGACAACGUCCAGCUGGACUCGCCCGCCUCCUCGGACAGCCUCUUCCACCAGGCGCGCGACGACAAUGACAGCAAGGCCGUCGAGUGCGUCCACUCGACCACCAAUUCCGCCGACGCCCCGAGGAAACCGUGCUGCCACAGCUGCGGCGCCGCCUCCACCCAGUACAUCCCCAUCCCGGUGCCGGUGCCCAUCCCGUUCCCCGUCUGGGCCGCUCCCCACGACGCCGGGGCCGCGUCCCGGCUCAGGAGCCUGCCGCGCGGCCUCUGGCCGUACGUGAGCCAGGCGGCCCUUAUCUGGCCGCUGAUAAAUCCACCAGGUGAGCCGCACAACAACAGCGACUCGCGUGGGGUGAACAUCGCGGUCGAAAUGCCGACCGCGGCGAACCGCGACUCCGCCGGCCAGUCUGCCGAGGCGAGUAACGCCAUAAAGCCAGACGAACCAGCGGAAGACAAACUGGCGGACGAAACCGCUUCGAAGUCGGUCUUAGAACCCGCGGAAGAAGAGUUGACCGGGUACUUGGAGUGCGAGAACCGCGACGUGUCUUCUAGUGACUCCUCGGGGGACAGUAGUGAUUCCAGCGAUACGAGCGGGAACAGAAAACCCCGCGUCAGACGCGUCUACAACGUCAACGGCGGCGACGGGAGACAAAGCGACGACGCUUUGCCGAGCAGCAACGUCACCAGCUGUGAUGAGGAAGACGGGAGAGUGUCCCACAGCUCCGUCAGGGAAGACGACAUGUCUUCCUCCGGCUCCGCCGAUACCGACAGCGACGAUACCGGCACCGUGGCCGAUCAGAAACCCAAACGGUUCUCCAGGAUCUUCGUAGUGAACAAGAACGUGUCUUCCUCCUCUAACGCCUCCACCAGCAGCGACAGUGACAGUUCCGACAACGACACCGACACCGAGAUGGACUGUACAGUGAUCCUCACGAACGUGAAGCACCUGGACACCGAGGCGCCUCUCGAGAGCGUCGACGAUAAGAUAACGGGCGAUAACACCGAUAAGCCCGACGCAAACAACAAUCCGAACUGUGAUAACCGAAUCGGCGAGAAAGAUUUACGCGAAGAACUGAGCAAAGUGCUGGGAAACAAAGAAACGACGCCCGAUCCCGACGCGAACGUCAAGGGAAUCGCGUCCAUGUCGUCCAGCCCGGGCCUGUCGGACGUGAGCGCGGAGUCGCUGAACUCCAGCGACGUGGAGCCGGUCCGGGGCUCCUCGGACGAGGCGUCCGCAGGAACCGACGUGCGGAACACCUCCUCGGAGAUCCGGUCCGGCGUGGAGGGGGAGGAGGUCGCCGCGAGCACGCGGAGCGACGGUGUGCGGGCAGGUGGGCCAGUGCUCGGCGAUCCGGAGGUCUGUCUGUCACGCAAUGCGGCGCGCUAUACCAGCCUCGUCAUGAUCACCCAGGAGCCCGCCCCUAAUUAUCAACAAGUGAGUGUGGUGACGUCGGACACGACUACCCUCGUGGCCGACGACGACAACGACGUAGUGGUGCGGCACACCAAUUGGCAGGACGAGGUCAGGAACGAGGGGAAGUGCAACGAUAACCAGAACCAGCUGGGCGGCAGCGUGACUGUGAUAACUGGGGGCGACACGUUGUCCGCCUUCGAGGAAGGCCUGGCGGAUGACGACUCUUGGGUAGAGAACUUAAGCCACGGGGACGACGACGACGAAUUCGCUACGAAUUCCCCGACGGACGACUCCUCUUCCGGCGAGGAGGUUACUUUGACGUGUUCCGCGGCUAUCGACCAAGAGGACGAGCUCCGCGGAUACCACAGGUCGGCCAUAGACUUCACCCUCCACACCAUCGUCGAGGAGAGUUGUGAGGAGAGCGAGGUCGAGCAGAAUGCCCCGAAGAAGAAAGAGAGACCCGCCUCCGCGACCGAUCUGGAGAAGUACUUCUUUUUCGGUCUCGGAGAUGGUACCAUCGCCUCUAUCAACUCCAACAGGGAGGACGCUUUCUCUGAAACCAGCAGCAUAUACAGCGAGGGCAUGGAAUCGCUCGGCGGCCCUGAAGAAGCUCAGCAGCAGAACGACAACUCGGAUCCCGCAGAACUUGCCUCCUCUAGGUUAGAAAAAUACUUCCUCAGCGGUUUCAUGGGAUUCACGGCUGAGAGAAGAGACUCGGAUGGUAGCGUUGGUAGCGAUAGCGAAGGUAGACCGAGUCCCGAACAGAGGAGGAAGAGGUUGGUGAGAGCCAGGGGCACUGGCAGAUCUCACUCGUCUUCCUUGGACAAUUUGGACAACGCUGGUAACGACCAGGCAGCUGAAACUCAAAACAAUUCUGAAGAUUCCUCGAGUUCAGACUCCGAUACUUACGAUGAAGUCAACAGCUUCGAAAAGUGCGACGGACAGUUCGAUACUGUGAAACGCAAGAAAGGCAAGAAGCAGAAAAAUUCCGCGUCCCCAGCGGAGGAAGGAAAAGGUUUAGAAACCACGCAGGAGGUCGAUGAGAAGGAAGAGCAAAGCGACGAAGAAGACGGUCAUAAAACCCCACAACCGGAAAUCUUACCAGUGUCUUCCAACUUAACAACGAGUAAAAACCAACAGAGCAGAGAUAGCGGUUUUAUAGGCAGCUGUGAUGAUCUAAUUAAAGAACAACGAGAAAACAACACCCCAGAACUACCCUUGAAUAAAAUAGAACUGAAAUCGGACCUAGAAAAUAUAAUAGAAGAAAAGAAAGUAGACGAUAAAAUAACCUCACUUUCCACGCCUCCAGCGACGUCGCUAACGAGGAAAGACAGCUUCAACAACUGGAGCUCUGACGAAGAAACCAACUUGAUGAUGUGCAAGAUGAGGCAGUUCUUCAAGACCAUGGUGGCCAAUUCGCAGUGCAGCGCGUCUUCCAAACCCACAACCCCCACCUUAAGCUCCAGGAUGUCCCCCAAACCACUGCCGAGUCCCAGAGCGAAGAACCGAUGCAAACCGCCUCAACUGGUGUAUUUCGAGAACGAACUGACCAGAUUGAUGAAAACCGUGCCUGGAAUAAGAGACGACCAAGUCCGGGAAAUCGUGGAAUAUCUCAGCAGCGAAGACACCUGGAGCGAUUCCUACGACUCCUCGGACUACACCAGCUCGGACUUGGAAGGGGCCUCCACCAAAUCCGCCCUGCAGCAGCAGAUCUCCGACAGCUGCAAGCAGAUAAUCAACAAGUUCGACACGAGCGUUGACGAUGAAGGCGACGAAGGCGACGGAGGCAUCGUAGACGAGUCCCACGGCCUAAACAAAGAGACUGCUUUCGUGUACCAAAAGCUGGUGGCCUCCUUCGAGAAGAUGGCCACCGGAGACAACGAAGAGACCGCCGUUCCCGUCGGCACACCCCACAGCUCGCCGCCGUUGAUCGCGAAGGUCAUGCACCACAUCGGGAGCCGCCUGGUGGCCUUAAUGCACGAAGUGUCGAGCGGGGAGAGCCACAAGAGCAACAGCCCCAAGGCGAAGCAUUACCACAGGAGGUUGCAGCACAAGAUCUCGUCAGCUUCGAGCACCACGACCGAGGACGACUGCAAUGACACCUUCGGCGGCUUCGAGGAGAAGAUGACGCCUUACACUUUGUUACCAAGAAGUAGAUCUCACGACUUGUUAGUAGGUGAAACGAGGACUCUGAACCAGUCCAGUGGCGGAGUGUCCGAUGUGACAGAAGAAAGGGAGGCUAGUGACUGUGAACGGUUCAGCUGGCGCGGCAGCUUCGAAUCCGCCCUCCUGGCGUCCGACUCUCGCAACAAGCUGUCGCUGCUAGGGGGCGAAGGUUCAGCUUCGGCAUCGGCCUUGGCCAUAGCGGCCAAACGCAGGUCGGCGGGCGACCUGCUCUUCAGCCACAAGAGUCUGAGCCGCGAACAAUUGGACAGAGUGCGUAGUUGCGGUAGUAUAGGUGGCGCGAACAGUGAGGAUAAGUUGUGGGUGGCAUCGGCCACCAGGCCGAACAGGAGGCGGUCCAGCGUCCCAGACGCCUCCUGCGGCUCGGGGGGCUCGGCGGACGGCGAAGACGAAGACGAAGAGAUCGAGAGUCGUUCCACCCUGCCGAGGAGUUUACAGAGCGGCGCGCCUACCACCAACUCGCUUCCCAGGCUUCCAACUAACACCCCCCCGACUAACAUGCAGAAGUCGCAGAGUAUGUACCACUUCCUGCCGCAGAAUGUUAAGAGUGCGCGGUACCGGCCUCCCGGGUUCAGCAGGCUCACCACGACGGUGCCCAAAAGGGCGGUCUCGGCCCCCGGACUUCAGCCCAGCCACCAGAGGCGCGGUAGGAGGUCUCAGCAGCAGAACGUCCCUAGUGGUGAGUGUUAUAUUUGUAUUUGCGGUGGCAAGGGUGUCACCAGCCAAGGGGCUAGGGGAGGCAAGAUAAAAGAGAGGAUGGGAGAAAUAUAA